AGGCGACGCAUCAGUAAGCAGGAUAAGAAACAGAGAAGUGCUCUGCAUAUCGCGUGUGCUCUUGGAUACGACGACGUGGUACAGUUACUUUUAGGAGUAAAUGCAGAUCUGAACCUUCGCGAUGAUAAAAAUCAAUCGGCCUUAAUGAAGGCGGUGCAGGGAGGACAUUGGACCUGUGUCCACAUGCUCCUGCAGAACUGUGCAGAUCUCACCCUGCGGGACAGUGAGGGAGACACAGCGCUGCACAUGGCAGCGGGCACCUCGUGUGUGUCCAUAGCUCAACUGCUCCUGGAGCGCGGGGCUCAGAUAAAUGUCCUUAAUGGCCGUGGUCUUACCCCUCUGAGUGUGGCGCUCCGCCUGGACCACACUGACAUGGUGAAGUUUCUUCGAAAGAACGGAGCAAAUGCCAGAGUCCGGAAAUAUAAACCAUAUACUCCAUUUAGAGAAACCUUCACACUGAUGAGCACGAUUGAAGAGGAGGAUGAAGAGGACGAGCCUGAGGAAGAGGACGAGCCUGAGGAAGAGGACGAGCCUGAGGAAGAGGCUUUGAGACUGGGAUCAGAAGGUAUCAGUGAUGAGGGGUCGUCUUGUGACUUUGACUUCACAAACAGUCCUAAGAGGUACAGCCCCCAGCAAACAUCUCCAUCUGAACCAGGACGAGCUUCUCUGGAGUUUGAGUUUGAACCAGGUCCUGGAGAGUCUCUCCCUGAGGUCUCCACCUCCAUCAAUGUCCCAUCGUCUGGGUCGACUGGUUCCGCUGACUCGGACACAGAAGACCUGGAGAAAGUAGAUUUGAAAAAUGAUCUUCAGGAAAUUACAGAGACCAAGUCGACUCUGGAGCAGAAUCAUCUGGAGUUACAAAAUGAGGAGAGUCGUCAGAAUGAUACAAUGAUGUGCGACGAGUUUAAAGAAAAGCUUCAGAGGAAGGAGGAGCAGCUUGAACACGAGAGACAAGAAAAACUGAAGAUGGAAGUGAGACAACAAAAGCUGGAGCUCGAGAUGAAAACCAUGAUGGACAUGAUGAAACAGCAAGAGGAGGCCCACCGUGAGACUCUGAGGCUUCUGGAGCAGGAGCACAGUGCACGAGCUCUUCAGGAAGAACACCUCAUCUCACUGAGAGAAAAUCUUCAGCGCUCACAGGCAAACAGCAGCCUCAAAGAGAGACGCCUUUUACAAAAAAACAAGGCCCUUAAAAAGCAACUGGAAGAAGCUCUCAGUGAAAUCAAAGUGAUAAGUGAAUCCCUGGAGCAGGAGCGCAGUGCACGAGAAAAAGAGGCUCAGGAGGCGGCUAAGAGCAGGGCUCAUUUUACGUUUUCCAAAGAUGGUUUACUUUUAACUGAGCAGCGAGGAGCAGGAGCAGACUCCAGCUUCACUCACAGCCCCCAGUCACCGGGUUCUAUCAGAGCAAGAGGUGAAGAGCCUCUACAGUUUAAAACUGCAGGUGUUGGAGAAAGAGAAGGAAGAACUCUCCUCACAGAUAGAAACAUUCAAGAAGAAAGUGACAAACGCUGCGGUGGACGAGUUGGUGAUGGACGCUCGUCUGAAAUUAGAGACGUUCAGGAGCUCAGAGCUGAAGGCAGAAGUGCACAGGCUGCGCGCGUUAGUCACAAAGCUCAAGCAGAAGCACUAUUCAUGACAGGAAGAAGGAAGUGCAGAGACACAAAUGGAGGCGGCGCACACAGAAGCGUCCUGGAGUGA